GAGCCUCCUCUUCUAACCCCCCUCCACACACACACACACACACACACAGACACACACCAGCCUCCUGUCUCUGCGCUCAGGACGUCCCUGGUCUGUGUGUGAUAGAGUGUGUCCAACUUUCUGUGCUGGAUCUGUGAUCCCUAUUCAUCCUCAUCAAACCUCCCCUCCUCGCCUCACCGGUGAAGACAACAUGACGGACGCAGCAACCAACAUGCGGCUGAAGCUGCCGAUCACCUGCUUCAUCCUGGAGAUCAUCCUCAUCAUCCUCUUUGGGACGCUGGUGCAGUACGACUACGAGACGGACGCAGCAGAGUGGCACAACAAGACCGGUCAUUCUGACUACGAGAACGACUUCUACUACCGCUACGCAAGUGAGUGUCCUGUGGAUGUGUGGAGACUCAGGGUCAGAGGUCACAGUGACGACCGAGGGGCUGAAAUGAUUUCACUGACGUUUGAACCUGAAUCUGACAAAAACACAAUCUACAAGAGCUGGAAAGAGGUGCUAGGGAGAGGGACGUCUGGGACACCGUACUUGGACAGAUACCUGUUCGACCCAAGUCUGGAUAAGCAGAAGACAAUGGAUGGAACCCUGUACCUGUGGAUGUUCUGGCCCAGCUUCAACUCUGCCGUCACGGCUCACGGAGACGACCAGCACCGCACGGCCAUGAACACCUACUACUCCCUGGCAGCCUGCACUCUGUCCUCCUACGCCAUGUCUGCCCUCACGGCACACGACGGCAAGCUGGACAUGGUCCACAUCCAGAACGCCGCCCUGGCAGGUGGAGUUGCAGCAGGAACAGCCGGUGAAAUGAUGCUGACGCCUUUCGGCUCCAUGAUCGUCGGUUUCCUGGCCGGAAUAAUCUCCGUCCUGGGCUACAAGUAUCUGACGCCCAUCCUGGAGGAUAAACUCAAGAUCCAAGACACCUGCGGGGUGAACAACCUGCACGGCAUGCCCGGCAUCCUGGGCGCCAUCGUGGGAGCUGUCACCGCUGCUGUGGCGACCGUGGACGUUUAUGGAGCUGGCAUGGCGGACGUCUUCCCUGAUGUGGCCUCAGGAGAAAUUGAUGCGUCUGCUCAGGGCGUCCGUCAGGCCAUCGCGCUCGCUGUCACUCUGGGCAUCGCCCUGCUGGGAGGGCUCAUCGUUGGUUUCAUUUUGAAGCUUCCUGUCUUUGGCGCCCCCCCGGACACCAUCUGCUUCGAGGACAGCAUCUAUUGGGAGGUGCCUGGAGAGGAAGAGAAGACUCACGAGGAGCUGGUGGUGGUGAAGAUGGAGGAGACAGAGAAGCUCAACAUCUAG